AUGAAUAGUGAUCUGAUUGGGGAUCGAUACUUCAGAAAAUUCAACAGCGAAUCCUGGUUAGUGUUCUUUGGAAUUCAUUGCGGAUAUCACAUAGUUGAUAGCCCAUUGCAGGAAACAGAGGCCCAAAUCGAGGUGAACAAUAUCAACAAAGAGGUCACAAAGGCGGCCGAGGCCGCCACCGCGAGAUUGUUCAACAUGAGCAGCGAUGCUGCCUCAAGCUCGGUAUGGCCGCUUCAUACAAAACGAAUCGUACCAACAUACUCUUCGUCAACCAGGACUCGUUCCGCAUCAAAACCGAAAGCUGAACGCGCAAAGGAACAGAAAGACCUGACAGACACAAAGAAACCGAGUAUAGGCGAACGUGAACGCUUACAUGAUUGCCGACACUGCGGAGGUGUACACUGGGACUUUGACUGUCCUACCAGGAAGCCAGCUGUGAAAGCGGAAGGUACGGAGGAGUCGCUCUCGAAUCUGACAAGACAUUGA